ACCCUACCCGUUGCCAUCCCUAGGUCGGUCCUCUUUCUCUCUGAGCCUCUUUCCCUCUCUCUGUGUCCCCACUGCUACCAUUCCUGCAGCUCUUCACCACGCCAUCGUCUCCACGGCCAGGUGUUGUUUUGUGAAAUGGCAAAUAGCAAAUAUGAGUACGUGAAGAAAUUUGAAGCUGAUGAUAGGCUGCCGCCUUGCAACUGGAUUGUUGUUAGAAUAGAUGGAUGCCAUUUUCAUCGAUUUUCUGCAGACCACGAAUUUGAGAAGCCCAAUGAUAAGAAUGCUUUGAAUUUAAUGAAUUCAUGUGCAGUGUCUAUGCUAGAGCACUUUCCUGACAUAGUAUUUGCUUACGGUGUCAGUGAUGAAUAUAGCUUUGUCUUGAAGGAGACAACUCAGUUUUACCAAAGAAGGGCAAGCAAAAUACUUUCCCUCAGUGUAUCAUAUUUCACCUCUCUCUAUGUAAUGAAGUGGAAAGAGUUUUUUCCCAACAAAGAAUUGAAAGCACCACCUUCUUUCGAUGGGCGAGUUAUAUGUUAUCCAAGAGGAAAGAUCAUCCAAGAUUAUCUUGCAUGGAGGCAAGUAGACUGUCACAUUAACAAUCAAUACAAUACCUGUUUUUGGAAUUUAGUUAAUUCUGGGAAGACUGAAAGAGAAGCACAGGAGUUUCUAAAGGGUACACAAUCUAAAGAUAAGAAUGAGCUGCUUUUCCAACAGUUCGGUAUUAAUUACAAUGAGCUGCCAGCUAUGUUCCGAAAAGGAUCAUGUGUUUACAGAGAUAAGGUGGAAGAAACAGUGAAGCAGGAUAAGGGUGGAAAUUCUAUCAAAAGAACUCGGAAUAAAGUUGUACUAGCACAUAUUGAUAUUGUAGGGCCCAAGUUUUGGAGUGAACACCAGUACAUUCUUGAAGAAGAGUAACUAACAUGAGCAGUUGACUUUAUAACGCUUUGUUGAAUGCUUGUACAAUAGUUGAUUGAUUUUUCUAUUUUAACUGUAGCAUGUUAUUGAGGUUGAUAAUCUUAGUGUUUUAUUAUGGAACACUCUCCAAAGAAAUAACAAUUAUAUCAAAAUGAGGAUGCUUAAAUAAUAA